AUGUAUGGCGAUAUAGAUGCGGGAGAGAACCAGUGCCGCAUCGAUGAGUUCAAAGAGAUGACCGAACAGCACAAGUAUCACAUCAAACAGUUGGAGACACUGAUGCGGAUGUUGGACAACGAGACCGUCGAAAUGAAUCAGAUCAAGAAGAUUAAGGACGACGUCGAGUACUACAUCGAGUCAUGUCAGGAGCCAGUAAUCAAUACGACUCCUACCCAGACGUCAACUCCACAGACGGCAAACAAAUUCAAACGUCUGAAAAUCGGUUGCCCUUCGAGCGCACCAUCGAGUAGUAGCCGACGUGUGGCCAACACUUCCACACCUAAUGUUCCGUUAAAUCAGUUGAGUCCUAAGCCCUUGACUGUCAUUAGAAAAUCAGUGAACAGAUCCGUGAAACAGAAGACUCCGAUACACAAGAGGACUAUGGGAUCAGUUGGUCGCAAGUGUUAUAUACCGGAGUACUUGGAGCGCAUAGUUCUGGACAGCAGUCCCUACGGCUCGCCAUUCACUCCAAAGACUAUUGUGAAGAAGUCGAGGAAUAAUAAGACAAUGAAUAACACGACUGCUGUCAACAACACAACGCUCUUCAGCGACACGACAGCCAUUCAAAUGCAUCGCUCGUUCCGGACGACUACUACUCAAACAAACGAUAGUCUGAGACAAAUGAGUGAUGUCUGCAAUCAGACCUUCGAUGUC